AUGCAGCAGUGGCGAGAAGUGCAGUGGCAAGGUCACCUAUUGCAUGACCUCGAGUCGCUCCGGACGCUGGAUGGAUUCUACCCGGAUGAUUCUUCGGUUCUCCAACUCCGGGUUGUGGAUGGUGACGUGGUGAUGGUCGCGAGCUACCUCGCCACUCGCUGCUAA